CACGCGGAGGAGGAGCCACGCGCGACUGGGAGGCCGGCCCGGAAGUGUGCCAAGGCCUCCGCGCCCCUCAAGCCGCGUUGUCCAGGUCUGCGGCAGCAUGGACCUGCCCGUGGAGGAGUGGCGGGCCCACGUGCACCGGCGGUGGCGGCAGCUCCCCCCGUCUGCCCAGGCGGCGCUCCGCACCAGUGCCCUGCGAGAGGUCCUUCGGCACUGCUCCUCCCUGCUCCAGCUUGAAGACGAGGCGUUCUUGCAGAGGCUCGCUGACGGUUUCUCGGUGGAGAAGGAUCCCGACGCCUGCCUCCUGUAUAAGGAAGAAGGGAACAAGGCGUUCCUGAGGAAGGCCUACCGGGCCGCCGCCGGGCUCUACUCCAAGGGAGCAUCCCAUGCUAGACCCAACACUCAGGAAAUGGCGCUGUGUUUUGCCAAUCGCUCUGCGGCCUUCUUCCAUCUGGCUCAGUAUGAGACAUGUCUCGAGGACAUUGGGAGAGCGCAGAGGCACGGGUACCCAGAAAGGUUGCGACCCAAGUUGAUGCUGCGCAAGGCGGAGUGCCUCGUGGCCCUGGGCAGGCGACAGGAGGCGGCCCUGGCUGUUCAAGACCUGGAGCAGAGUGGGGCAGCCCAGCAGGCCGGCACCGGUGCUCCUGAUCUCCAGGCCCUGCAGAGGAGGCUCAGCCAUCUGAAAGCAAGGGUGCGGGAGGACACGGGCCCUGCGGAGGCUCCUCCCCUCGGUGCAGCGCAUGCCUCCGAGGAGGUCGGUCCGAGCGCCAAGAAUGAACGGAUUCCCGGAGCAUCGCUGUCCGUGAGCUUGCGCAGUGACCCUUCCAGAGGACGCUAUCUGAUCGUCACCGAGGAUAUUCUUCCAGGUGAACUCCUAGUGAAAGAGGAGGCUUUUGUGAGUGUCCUCAACCCUGGAGAGACAGCGGGGCUACGGCGUGGCUCAGAAGCCCAGCGAGACGGCCGAGCUACCCCUGGAGACUGCCAUUGUCACCGGUGUUUGAAGCCCGUUGUGGCUACGGUGCCCUGUCAGGGCUGCAGCUACGCCAAGUACUGCAGCCAGCAGUGUCUGCAGCUGGCCUGGGAGCGCUAUCACUGGGCGGAGUGUCCCCUGGGGGGGACACUCCUCACCUUAGGGGUCUUCUGCCACGUGGCACUGAGGACGGUCCUCCUGGCUGGAUUCGAGGCUGUCAGCAACCUCGUAAAGACGGUUCAGGGAACAGUAAGUCCUGAAGCUGCUUCUGUACCUGACGGCCAGCCUCCCGGGCAGAAGCUGAACGCUCGGCCCGACCCGGCGGAAAGCAGCCCACGUGGGGGGGCGUCUGGGGCACCAAUCCCUGGGUGCGACAGGGAUGGCAGUUACCAAAGCUCUUACUACGCUGUCUUCCACCUCUUGCCCCACACCGAGAAGCACAGCCCGGAGCACAAGUUCCUGUGUGGUCUCAGCAUCGUGGCCUUGUGCAGGAAGCUGAAAGAAGCCGACUGGCCUCCCCGGGCCCAGGGGCCCUCUGCGCAGGAGGCAGCCCUGACCACGGAGCGGACCCCGGAGCCCAGUGUCUGGGCAGAGGCCAUGCUGAGGCACGUGUUACAGCUGCACUGCAAUGCCCAGGGAGUGACUGCCCUCCAGGAGGCGGGAUCGGAAGGGGACCUUGUUACAGAGCGCCGGCAGGUCCGCCUCGCCACGGGUCUCUUUCCUUCCAUCAGCCUGAUGAACCACUCAUGUCGCCCCAACACCAGCCUGUCCUUCCGGGGCUCAGUGGGCUCCGUCCACGCGUCACGGCUCAUUGCACGAGGGCAAGAGAUACUUCAUUGUUACGGACCUCACGAGGGCCGCAUGGACGUUGCCACGAGGCAGCAGAAGCUGAGAUCUCAGUACUUCUUUGACUGCCGCUGCCAGGCUUGUCAGGAGGAGGCGGCGCACGGGGCCGGCGUGACACCGAAGCAAGGCGGGUUCCGUUGCCCUACCUGCAGGGCAGCUCUGCAGGGACUGGACCCUCUGGGCUGCAGCAACGGAUCCUGCCGGGCCCAGGUGAGCAGGACUCACCUGCUGGGCCAGUUAGGAGACCUUCAGCAGCGGGUGGAGACGGCCGGGGAGCUGCUCAGGGGAGACCGGACAGCUCGAGCCGUCCAGCUUUUGUUGGCGUGCCGGCGGGAGGCUGAGGACUUCUUGACCUCUGAGCACGUGUUGAUGGGAGAGAUCGAGGACCGCCUGGCCCAGGCGUACGCCAGCCUCGGGGACUGGCCCAAAUCUGCAGCCCAUUUGCGAAACAGUCUUCAGGUGGUGGAGGCCCAGCACGGACCAGCCAGUGUGGAGAUGGGCCAUGAGCUUUUCAAGUUGGCCCAGGUCCUUUUCAACGGGGGAAAAUUGAAGGUCUCUCUUUCUGACAUAAUGAGAACAUUUGUGCACCAUGCUGAGAGAUGACCGUGCAUUCAGAUCCAAAAUAGGCUCCCCAAGGGGAAUGCGUCAUUCCCACCCGCUGCCGAUCCUCCCUGGUCAGUGUCCCCAGUCCAGCCUUGUGGGCUCUCACUAAAGUGCCUACUCUGUGCCAGGCAGCAGAAGGGGAAGCGGGCCGUCCCUUCCCUCCAUUUCUCGCCAGCCAGGACUCGGCUGUCUUCUGUGUCUCCUCCCCCCCCCCCUUUAAUGGGUGUUAGUCAUACCUUCUGAUCCUAUUGUCUCUGCCUUCUUUUGGAAACUCUGAUUUCAGCAUUUCUGAGCACCCCCCCACCCCGAAACUGUUAGCGUAGCAACCACUGAAUGCGUCAGGCUAAAGAAGGCUCCCAAGUUGCUUUGGAAAGGCAAAGUGCCGGACUGAUUCAGGAAGGUCUGGGUUCAAAUCCUUCCUCAGACACCAGCGAGUUGUGGAGCCUGGGGCAGCCUCUGAACUCCCCAGGUGUUGGGGGUCUCAUUAAAAUUAGGUUUCAGUCUACUUGGGGGGCACAGGUUCAUACACCAGGGGAGUCACAGGGCCUCAGCUUCUCAAUGGGUGUAGAGGCACCAGGGAGAGUUCAUCUUGUGCCCAAGUGAGAGAACAAUGGUGAAAUGACCUACAGCUAGUCAGUCAGCAGCAUUUAUUAAGCUCCUGCUUUAUGUCAGGCACCCCAUUAAGCAUUGAGAGUCCAAAAUAAGGGCAGAAAUUGUUGCCACCUUCAGGGAACUCACAGCCUAAUGGAGGAAGCAGGUGACAUACAUGCUCAACCAACAUUGUGCAAGCCGGGGGAUGAGAUGUUGGGCAGACUUGUCCAUUCUCAGAGGGAUUGCUGCAUUAGAAACUGCCACAGGCUACGUGUGUUUUCUGGUCCCUGGUAUCCCGCCAUGUCUGUCGGCUGCUGCCCCGAGCUGCAUGUAGCUGGGGCCCCGCUCCUCUCCCCAGAACCCCUGGCACCGUCACUGGAUGGAGGGCUGACCUCUGCUUGUCUCUUGUG